ACGUACGUGUGUGCUGGUUCGAGAUCCAUCGGUGAUUAAACAGAGACCAAUCUGAUGUUUAAUACAGUACAGUACUCUGCAUGUUUACCCUUUGUUAAAUGAUGAACAGGGUCGAGGUUCCUGCAAUCGGCGCUGCCGCCUCCGGCUUCCUUCCUGGCCAGGAGAACUACAUCAUCCACAUGAUCAGUCAGCUGAGCAACGACUUCAUAGCUGAGCAACGGAGGCUGCAGGAUGACAACUCCAGGCUCCUCCAAGAGGUCAAAGACAUGAGGCGGGAGCUCAUCAGCGGCAAGGACCUCGUUGCGGAAUCCCGCAGGGUGCUGGAAGAGAAUGUCAAGAUAUACCAAGAGGUGAAGGACUCCAGCACCACCAUGAAGGCACACGUUGUUUCAGAGAGCAACAAGGUCACCAAGGAGGUCCAAGAAUUUCGUGAGGAAAUUCGGGGCAUGACUGAGAAUUGUAGGCUCUACCUUGGAAAACUUGUUAGAAUAAUUCGAGGCACUUCGUUGAUCAACCGAGGACCAAGCAAUCACACAAGCACGACACCGAGAUUUGUUAAUGAGGUUCACCAAUAUGGCUACAUCCCCGGGGCCUGACUACGGACGCUCCUCCCCGUGACACCGUCACAAUACCGCACCUCGGCCGCCCGGGCGCCGGCACACGUCGCCGGCUCUCCCGCGCACCCGUGCUAUUAUGUUGGCAUAGGUUACAUCGUGUGUCUAUCCCCGCUAUAUAUGAGAGGCCUAGGAUACAAGUGUCCUACCAGGACACGACUUCAUAUCCUGUCUAAACACAAUACUACUUAGAGUCCAACUGUAACCUACCUUGUACAAUAAUAUUCGACACAAC